AUGGAACAUUUUCACGAAGAUCCAUGUUCAACAUGUGUGUGGUCAGAUUGGCAAAGUGGAUCGUGUUCAACUUCGUGCGGAAACGGUUUUAUACCACGAACACGAACAUGUACAACAUCCACAGGUCAACAAUGUGGAACAUGUCCAGGCGUUGACUCAGAUUUAACAAUUUCUUGCAGUAAUCCAGUGUAUCAAUGUCCAGUGUACAGUAGUUUAGUUGCGAAUUAUAUUGAUUGUGGCAUAACAUGUGCAAAUCGUACUGGGACAUCAUCAUGUGAAGACCCGCAAACUCUUUGCGUUUGUAAUCCUGGUUAUUUUCGUACAGCAAUAGAUGGUCCAUGUGUGAAAGAAUGCCUUAUUCCACGCCCUGUGAAUGGUAAUUGGUCUGGUUAUUUGGAUGCACCUGGAGUUUGUUCUGGAACAUGUGGUAAUGGAAACAAACUUCAGAUUAGUCGAACAAGAACCUGUGUUGGCGCAACAGCUGGUGGUGCUAGUUGUCCUGAUCUGGGUGUACAAUAUCAAACUUGCCCAGGAAAUGAUACAUCUUAUCAGUGCAAUGCGAUAGGUUAUUGGAGUAAUUGGACGAAUUCAUCAUCUUGCAGUGUAACAUGUGGUAACGGUUACAUCUAUCAACAGCGACAAUGUUUAGGUGCAGGUUUUGGCUGCGUGGGAGAGGCUAUAAUGAGCCAGAAUUGUAUUCAACCUGCUUGUCCGAUUGACGGAACGUGGGGAAGUUGGACUUCAUGGAGUUUGUGUCAAGCAACAUGUGGAACAGGCACAGUUUACCGUACAAGAAACUGUUCACAACCUCAAAAUGGUGGUAUUGCAUGUGUGGGAAGUUAUACUGAUUCACAACAAUGUAACGCGUCACAAAGUUGUACACAAUUUCCGUAUACAUCAAUCAACGGAAAUUGGACUGGAUGGUCAAGCUGGGGUAGUUGUAGUAGCACGUGCGGUCUUGGUCAACAAACGAGAACGCGCACCUGUACCCAACCUCUCCCCAUGUAUGGUGGUAUUCCUUGUACUGGUAUAUCAAUUGAUGUUCAAACAUGUAAUUCAACAACACCUUGUCCAGGUGCUGCAUCAGCCUGCACUGGAUCAUGUGGAAAUGGUACAACAGUGCGAACACGAAAUUGUAACUCCCCUUCGCCGGCGUUUGGUGGUCUCAUGUGUCAAGGGCAAGCACUUAAUGUGACAGUGUGUAGUCUUAGUAUUGGAUGCCCUGUCUCAGGAGAUUGGGCUCCUUGGUCUAAUUGGACCACUUGUAGUGUUACGUGUGGAGUUGGAACAUAUUCAAGGGUAAGAAAUUGUAGCAAUCCUGCACCACAAAAUGGAGGUGACUUGUGCAUAGGACCACCAUUAGAAACUGGUUAUUGUACAGCGCCAUCAAUCCAGUGUCCAAUCGAUGGUGGAUGGGCACAAUGGUCCAACUGGUCAACUUGUUCAUUAACUUGCGCUGUAGGAUAUUCUACACGAAACAGAACGUGCACAAACCCAUCACCUCAAUUUAAUGGCAGACCAUGUCCAGGAACAAGUUAUGCUUAUGCAACGUGUAAUGACAAUGUGCCCUGCAUUGUCGUAUAUUCUGGAACUCCACAGGAUGGCGGUUGGUCUGCUUGGAGUACAUUUUCACCUUGUUCAAGUUCCUGUGGUAACGGAACUAAAAUUGCUGUUCGCUCUUGUGACAAUCCUUCCCCAACAGAUGGUGGUGCGUUGUGCGUUGGACCAAGCACAAUGUCGCAAACGUGUAGUGCCACGUAUCCGUGUCCAAUAAAUGGAGGUUGGUCAAAUUGGACCAUAUCAGCUUGUUCAGCCACAUGCGGUGUCGGAUAUCAGAUACGUCAACGUGAAGGUCAUCGACAUGUUUCUCAUAGCAGUCGUGAUAAAACCUUGGCUGAAAUCAACUCACAUUGGUCAUGUGUUCCUCGAGCCGUUGUCGAAAUCUAUUUAAAACACCGCACGGCUUGCCAAGUAUCCUCAAUCUUAGGACUGCAUAGAGCGGUCAAUGGUGUGUUAACAAAUGCAUUAUGUAAAUGGAUAUUAUCUAAUAACACGGAUCAUUGGUCACAAGAAAGUGGAGAUGACAAUGUAAAUAUAAUCGAAAAAGAAGUUAGUACCGUAAUUGAAUCAUUACCGGAUCGAUCGGAGAAUGAAACUGCUGACGCUGCUCCACCUUCUUUGAUCGAGUUAUCAAUAUCUAAUAUCGACAUCGAUCUUCCCGUCAAUCCGCCCUCUACUGCGCACAUGUCAAUCAGUUUAGUGGCAUUCAGCUCAUUGACACACUUGCCUGUUCAUCCAUCGGUAACAAGAGCACCACUACCACGGCGCAGUCACAAACAGCAGGUAACAGUUUCUCCUCCGCAUGCACAACAUCUUCAGGAAUUGGAUGAUUUAAUCAAUUUUGAGAAUAUCGAGCAGCCGUCUAAAACUGUUCCAUUUUCUGAUGUACCACCAACUAGUACUAUCGCAUCGUCACCACGUAUCAAUUUAGUAGCACCAUCUCCAGUUUCAUCUUUCUCAAUCGAUCCGAUCCCAUCGUCAAGACAUAAUGCUGUACGCGAACGAGCGGAGGCAUGUAAUUCAUCUCGAGCAUCACAGGGUGGAUAUUUGUGUAGCGGCGACCCACUGCAAACAAGAUCAUGUGUUAAUGCAUUAGCAUGCCCAGGCAAUUCCCCAUCACCAUCAGCCGGUGGCAGUAUGUGUAUUGGAGCUGCUAUGAAUAUUAGUUUUUGUAAUGGAACAGCAUGUCCAGUUUCUGGAGCUUGGAGUUUAUGGAGUCCCUUUGGCGCAUGCAGUGGAACUUGCGGUACAGGUAUACAAGUUCGUUCUCGCAAUUGUAGUGCUCAACUAGGAUCAGAUCAAUGCCCUGGCUCACCCAUCGACACCCAGCAAUGUGAUACAACUAUAAGCUGUCCAACUGAUGGCCAAUGGGGAGCUUGGACUGGUUGGACGAACUGUUCUUCAAUCGCUUGUGUCGGAAGUAGUAUGUAUCGAUUUCGAACGUGCAAUAAUCCGGCUCCAAUGAAUGGUGGUCAAUUAUGUUCGGGUUCCGCUUUGGACACUCAAACGUGCGCUAUUUUUUGUCCACCAGCUGGAAAUUGGGCAGAUUGGGGCGUUUGGAGUACUUGUUCAAGUACCUGUCUUGGUGGUCGACGAUAUCGCAAUCGAACUUGUACGAACCCUGCUCCAGUCAACGGCAGUGCUCCUUGUAUUGGAUCUUCAAUUGACAUUGAUUAUUCCUGCGGAAAUACAACAUGUGGUGGAGCAAGUAUUGCAAAUGUUUCCAAUUGGUCUAAUUGGGGAAGUUGGUCAUCAUGUGCUGGGACAUGUAAUUUGGGAAUACAAAGAAGAGUAAGGAUAACUUGUACAAAAAUUGUUCCAUCGUUUGGUGGUGAUUACUGCCCUGGCUCUCCAACAUUGAUAUCAACAUGCAUAAAUUCACAACCAUGCCCAAUUGACGGUCAAUGGGGUUCCUGGUCGCCAUGGUCUGCAUGCAGUGCAACGUGCGGUAAAACUGCAACAAAAUAUCAGACUCGACAAUGUUUAAAUGUGAAUUAUGGUGGUCUGCAAUGCCAAGGAAUUGCGCGAAAUGAUACAACCUGUCCGGAGCUGUCUGAUUGUCCUGCCUGUCCAUUCAAUCAACAACUUGUAACAACUCCAGAAACAUGUCCCGCGUUAUGCUCAGAUUCCUCAGAUACCACAUGGUGUCAAGAUAUUUCUUCUCUUCAAUGUCUUUGUACAGAUAAUUUUGCAUGGGAUGGUGAAGAUUGUGUAUUAUGGUGUGAUUGCGGAUGUUACGGUACAGACGGAACAAAGUAUUCGAAUAACUCAAUUUGGACAGAAAACAGUUGUCAAACUUAUCAAUGUCAACAACAAAUGGAUGGAACAUUUCAGAGUGUUUUGAUCAAUAAUACAUGUCAAACCUGCUCUUGGAUACAAUGGAACCCAUGGUCAUCUUGUAAUUCGUCAUCGAGAUGUGGACAAGGAACACAAAGUCGAACACGUUCAUGUCUUUCAAGAAAUAAUACAGCUUGUCGAACAUGCUCUGGAAAUAGUACACAAUCUCAAAUAUGCCAGCAAGUGAAUUGUGAAGUCUGUAAAUAUGGACCAUUUAUUCCAAUUGGUUCCUGUUCACAAACAUGCGGAAGUGGUACUCAGUUAUGGAAUAGAACAUGUUACAACGUUGCAUAUUCUAACUCAAGCAUACCAGUACCGUGUUCUAAUGCAACUGGAUGUGCAAAUCAAGGAAAUUCACUCAAUACAACAGUUUGUGCAACUAAUGUAUGCUUAAACUGUACGUGGUCUACGUGGGCUCAAGGCCCUUGUUCUGUCACUUGCGGUGCUGGAACUUAUCUUCGAACACAAUAUUGUAAUGAUCAAUUUAAUAAUCCUUGCACCAAUUGUACUACAAAUGCAAAUACAAAUCCACAAACUCGAUCUAUUGCUGUUCCAGUAUCUGAGACAUUUAUUAGUAAUUUAAAGAAUAAUACCGAAAAACAACAACCGAACAAUGUCUCAAAACAUUUUGCUGUAUUUGCGUGUUCAAUUCAUUCAACAACCGCUGCCUACUAUUUUUAUGCUCCCGUCACUGCUGCCGCGUGGAUGCGAGUUGGUUAUGAGGCGAUUGUUGUGUUUGUCGGUGAUUUUCAAGCACAACAAAAGUCAAGUUCUACGAAUGAACAAAAUUUAGUUCAACGUAUCAAUUUAACUCGUACCUACUUGUCAAAAAUCGGUGCACACAUUGUCGAUUUUCAGUGUAAUGAGUCAUAUGCAGUGAAAAUGAGUCAGAUAGUCAGAGUUUUUGCUGGCUUUUUACCCACAGGAAUUGUGACAGAUCAGGACUACAUUAUCACAGCCGAUAGUGAUUUGUUACCCCUGAAACCCUCGGAAUAUCAGCUUACGAAUGGCGCAGGCGGAUUUAUUUUCAAUGCUUUUUGUUGUGGCGAGUUCAGUCGACGAUCGAAGUCGUAUCGAAUGUUUCCCAUGGGACAUAUUUAUCUGAGAAAAGACGUUUGGAGAGAUCUCAUCGACAAUUCUACUCAGCGCUCAGAAUUAUCACUCAUAGAACAGAAUCGAACCUUUUACUUGUCGUCAACAAACAGUAGUCUUCACUCGUAUGAGAAACAACUAUUAUCAGAACAUUCGAAUUUAACGUUACUUUUAGACAAUUUCGCGUUUAACUUUGAUUCCAUAACGUUGUAUAUGCGACACGAGUUUCGUUCCGUGUAUGAUCAACAAAUGGGUAAAGGUGAUUCAGCGUGGUACAUGGAUCAGAUAAUGGUUAGUAUGUUGUUAGUAGAUUACAGAGCAAAACAUCCCCAACUUAAAAUUAGCGAACGCGGACGGAUUGAUCGAUUAGAUCGUGUUUCGGGAAUGAAUUACUGGGAUCGUGAUACGUUUGAUCAAUUCGGUGAUGCACAUUUAAAACACGAUGAAAUCCUACAGCCUGGCAACUGGAAAAUUUUUAAUAAAGUUUUAAAGUAUCUAUUUAAUUCUACGAUGGUUGAUGUUAUGAAUGAUUACUACCGACAAUAUAUGAUCAUAGCUAAAGCAAGAAGAUAA